AAUUGUUUACAUCAGGGCAUCAAGGAAAAAUGUAUCCAUGCACCAUUAAUUAUUAUAUUUUUCCAUUAUUCUUGUAAAUACAAAAUAAAAUUAUUAUUUUUAUUAUAAAUGUUAAGAAACAUUUAUAACAAUUGUUACUGUAUAUAAUUAAUUUAUAUAAAAAUAAUGACAAGUUCAAUUAGAAAAAUUCUUCAGUUCAAUUCAACAAUUAGAAGACAUUUACAUUCUUCUGCAAUACGAAAAUGUGAGCCUUUCGAUCAAGGGAAGACAACAAUUCAGCCUCUCGCUAAAGACAUGAGUAAUGGUUUUCUAAUCGAUGCUUAUUCUGAAAUGGGUUUUACCUUAACACCCUCACUUCAUAUUAUCGGUCCAAUGAUAAUUUUUCCAAGAAUGUUUCUCAGUUGGAGUAUAGCAGCUUCAUCAGAUAUGAAUGAAGAAAAUUUAUGUUUAUUUAACAUACUAGAACCAAAAUUAGAUGUAUUAAUUCUUGGCUUAGAUCAGAAUUAUCCAGCGAAUGCACCAUUUAUAAAAGAUCUUCGUGUUUGGCUUAAAAAAUCAAGUAUAAAUGGAGAAAUUCUUCCUUUAAAGCAUGCCAUCUCCACUUACAAUUUUUUGGCAGCAGAAGGAAGAUUUGUUGCUGCAGCAUUAAUUCCUCCAAAGUCAACUUUUAUUCCAAAACCUGGAUAUGUACCAUUACCAGCACACGAGAGGUUGCCUGCCUAUUAGAAACCUUUUUUUUAAAAAUCAUUGUAAAUAGAUAUAAUUAUACUUAUUGUUUCUCACAGAAAGCAUCUUCAUUGAGAAAUAUAAUUUAAUAUGAUGAAA